UUCACACAUUCGGUCUCCUUCGCCGCCGCCUAUACUCCUGCAGAAAUAGCCCCAGAGCGAAGGCGGUUGCUGCUUCUUCGUGUUCCUUCGCCCGCCUCACACGGGAUCCAUUUGACCGAUCGACCGACCCACACACACCGAGAGCCAGCCAUGGGGCAAAACCACAGCGCGCAGGACGGGAGCGGCCACGGCCGGCGCUCCUUCCAGCAGCAGCCGUCGGCGCAGUGGGGCGCCGGAGGAGGGGGGUACUACGCCCAGGACCCGAACGCCGGCUACUGCGGCGCGCCGGUGCCACAACAGGGAGGAGGGUACGCCGCGCCUUACCUGCCCCCGGCGUACCAGUACCAGCCCACCGCCGCUGCUCCGGCGCCGCAAGUCGCGAAGCCGCGGCAGCUGGACCGGCGGUACUCGCGAAUUGCCGACGACUAUCACUCGGUGGACCAGGUUACUGAUGCUCUAGCUCAAGCAGGACUUGAAUCAUCAAAUCUUAUUGUUGGCGUUGAUUUCACAAAGAGCAACGAGUGGACAGGCAAAUUCUCUUUCCAUGGACGUAGUCUACAUCACAUUAGCAACACACCAAAUCCGUAUGAACAAGCCAUCUCGAUUAUUGGGCGAACACUAUCGAAAUUUGAUGAAGACAAUUUGAUUCCAUGUUUCGGAUUUGGAGAUGCAUCAACACAUGAUCAAGACGUCUUCUGUUUCUCUCCUGACGAGAGACCAUGCAAUGGAUUUGAAGAAGCUCUUGAUCGAUAUAGGGAACUUGUACCACAUUUGCGCUUAGCUGGACCAACAUCAUUUGCGCCAAUUAUUGAGAUGGCUAUGACCAUCGUGGAGCAAAGUGGCGGGCAAUACCAUGUCCUAUUGAUAAUUGCAGAUGGGCAGGUUACAAGGAGUGUAGAUACUGCAUCUGGACAGCUGAGUUCGCAAGAGCAGAAGACUGUUGAUGCCAUUGUGAAGGCCAGUGAAUUGCCUUUGUCCAUUGUGUUAGUAGGAGUUGGUGAUGGCCCCUGGGACAUGAUGAAGGAAUUUGAUGACAACAUUCCUUCUCGAGCUUUUGACAAUUUCCAAUUUGUAAAUUUUUCGGAGAUAAUGUCCAAGAACAUGGCACAGUCAAGGAAAGAGGCUGCAUUUGCUCUUUCAGCAUUGAUGGAGAUACCACAACAGUAUAAAGCAACCGUGGAAUUAGGAAUUUUAGGUCGUCGCUCUUCCAAGUCUCCCAACAGAGUUCCUCUACCUCCGCCUUCCGCAAGUCAUGAUGCUUAUUCCUAUUCAUCUAAAAGCUUUAGCAAACCAACUACCUACCCUCAGAGUUCUUCAUCCUCAUCAGCCUAUCCUCAAUAUGGAACUCCACAUACAGCCACCCCGGCCGCACCUUCGUCCACUUAUGACAACCAGGUCUGUCCUAUCUGUCUUGUGAACCCCAAAGACAUGGCGUUUGGCUGUGGACACCAGACCUGCUGUGACUGCGGACAGAGUCUCGAGUCGUGUCCAAUCUGUCGCACUCCCAUCACCACAAGAAUAAAGCUAUACUAGCAAGUGGUGGCUUUGGAUCAUUGCCAAUGGGUGGUAUACUGGAGCCACCCUGCCUCACACUGGAGGAUCGCGACGGCAUGUCCCAGUAACCGUCGGAACACCCGCUCCGUAGAUCGAUUGGAGCUAAGGAUUGCAGGGCCAAGCUUGGAUCGAUUGGAGCUGAGGAUUGCAGCGUUGGUCUAUCGGACAGGGUUGCCCCAGUAUUCAUAUCCACGAGUAAUGAUCCAAAUCGCAGCUUGCAAAAAACAAUCUCUAUAUAAACGAGAAGAAAGAGAGAGGAGAACACAAAGGUAGUGGUGUGGUGGAGCAGUCAAUUGCGUGUCGGGCCAUGACACGCAACUUCCCUUGGUGCCUUCGUUACUUGUCAAACCAGCAACACUAGUUGUACAUAUCAGAAUUUCGUGCUUAUCUGGACUUCUGAUGCCAGGCUUAGAGGAUUCUUUAUUUGUGCGCGUACUUUUAGUUUCGUCCGAGAUAUAUGUUGAUUUGUUCUUUGCUUGCAAUUGUGUAAAAAAUUCAAUCCGCAAAAUUUUGUUUUGGUGAAUCAG